AGGAAGAGAAAAAAAAGUGUUACUCGACGUGGCCAAUUUCUACUCCGAAUGCAGAGUUGGCGUGCCAUUUCUUGCCUCCAUUCCGACCAUUCAGCUUGUUUCGUCACAAAUACAAUCACGAAAUAUUGUAGUAGUAAUGAAUUAAAAAAUCAAAUUAGUACAUAUAAAAGAAUAACAAACGAAAAAUAUAGGAAGCACGAAGAAGAAACUCCAAAAUCAAAACAAAGCCGAGUUUCAGAGCUUCAGAAAUGUGGCGGUGCGUGGCUCGUACUAUUUCCGAUCGAUCCAAUCAAAAUCUUCAACCACUUAGAUCUCACCUUUCAAGAUUUUUCUCUAGUGGUGGAAAUUCGUCUUACAAUGUGGUGGAUCAUAAGUACGAUGCGGUUGUUGUAGGUGCUGGUGGUGCAGGGUUGAGAGCUGCUAUUGGACUUUCGGAACAUGGUUUCAACACUGCUUGUAUUACUAAGCUUUUCCCAACUCGUUCUCACACUGUUGCAGCUCAGGGUGGUAUAAAUGCUGCAUUGGGAAAUAUGACUGAAGAUGACUGGAGGUGGCACAUGUACGACACUGUCAAGGGAAGUGAUUGGCUAGGAGACCAAGAUGCCAUUCAAUAUAUGUGUAGGGAGGCACCAAAAGCCGUUAUUGAGCUUGAGAAUUAUGGAUUGCCAUUUUCACGAACUGAAGAUGGAAAAAUAUACCAGCGUGCAUUUGGUGGUCAGAGCUUGAACUUUGGAAAAGGUGGUCAGGCAUAUCGUUGUGCAUGUGCUGCCGAUCGAACAGGGCACGCUUUACUUCACACUCUCUAUGGCCAAGCUAUGAGGCACAAUACACAGUUUUUUGUGGAAUAUUUUGCACUGGAUCUAUUAAUGAACAGUGAUGGUACUUGCCAAGGAGUAAUUGCCUUGAAUAUGGAGGAUGGAACAUUACAUCGUUUCCAAGCUGCUUCAACAAUUUUGGCCACUGGGGGUUAUGGGAGAGCAUACUUUUCUGCAACUUCAGCACAUACAUGCACUGGAGAUGGAAAUGCCAUGGUUGCUCGUGCUGGAAUACCACUCGAGGAUUUAGAGUUUGUGCAAUUUCACCCAACAGGUAUUUAUGGAGCUGGUUGCCUUAUCACAGAAGGAUCUCGUGGUGAAGGUGGCAUUCUCAGGAACAGUGAAGGUGAGAGAUUUAUGGAACGAUAUGCUCCUACUGCGAAGGAUCUCGCAUCAAGAGAUGUAGUUUCAAGAUCAAUGACUAUGGAAAUUCGGGAAGGUCGCGGUGUAGGACCAGAGAAAGAUCACAUCUAUCUCCACUUGAAUCACUUACCCCCAGAUGUUCUCAAGGAAAGACUACCUGGUAUAUCUGAAACUGCUGCUAUUUUUGCUGGCGUGGAUGUUACAAAGGAACCCAUUCCUGUUUUACCAACUGUGCAUUAUAACAUGGGUGGUAUCCCCACUAAUCAUCAUGGAGAGGUGGUUACCAUUAAAGGUGACAAUCCAGAUGAAAUAGUUCCUGGAUUAAUGGCUGCUGGGGAAACAGCAUGUGCGUCAGUCCAUGGUGCCAAUAGGCUUGGUGCAAAUUCACUUCUGGACAUUGUUGUUUUUGGUAGAGCUUGUGCAAACAGAGUUGCAGAAAUCCAAAGGCCAGGAGAGAAACAAAAGCCUUUAGAGAAAGAUGCUGGUAUGAAAACAAUUGCCUGGCUUGACAAGUUGAGAAAUUCAAACGGGUCAUUGCCAACUUCAAAAAUUAGGUUGAAUAUGCAAAAAAUAAUGCAAAACAAUGCUGCUGUAUUCCGCACACAAGAAACAUUAGAAGAAGGUUGUAAAUUGAUUGAUGGAGCAUGGGAGAGCUUUCAUGAUGUCAACUUGAAGGACCGGAGUUUGAUAUGGAACUCUGACCUGAUUGAGACUAUUGAGUUGGAAAAUCUUUUGAUAAAUGCCUGCAUUACCAUGCACUCUGCUGAAGCCAGGAAAGAGAGCAGAGGUGCUCAUGCCCGCGAAGACUUCACGAAAAGAGAUGAUGAGAAGUGGAUGAAACACACGCUGGGCUAUUGGGAAAAUGAGAAGGUCCGAUUAGAUUAUAGACCGGUACACAUGAAUACUUUGGACAACGAGGUUGAAUCGUUCCCUCCUAAAGCUCGUGUCUAUUAAUAUACCUGCAAAUUAUUCUGAAUUACUUAUACGGAUUGUUUCACAAAGUGUGGAAUGACUAGUGCAAUUGAAAAAGUAUAGAAAAUAAAGUAUUGAAGAUGCAUGACUUUGACGAUAAUUGUUUUAUUCAUCAUCAAUGAUGAACUGAUCUAUAAUAGGGCAUUCUCAUCAUCAUCCUCAUGUUAUAAUUACAAUGUAUUUGAAGCUUAGAAUAAUAGCAAUAAAUACCACCAA